GAACCCAAAUCAUUGCCCCGAUCGAAUUCAAUUGGUAUAACCCGAAAAGCCAGGUGAAAUUUAAAAUUUGGGAACAAAAAGAAAAUCUCCGACUCCGAAAACUAAUCCGGUGAGAUCUCCGGCUAGGUUUAGACUUCUUAUCCCUUAACACAGACACGGACCGCGGUUUUAAGAGCAGAGCAGAGGAAAGCACCGCACGAAGCUUGCCGACCUUGAACAUUGCGAUUUGGUCUAUUUGAGGCUUUUUAACCUACAGAGAAGCUCUCCCGCUCUCUCUCUCUCUCUCUAUCUCUGCGAGCUUGAUACUUGAUAAGGAUGCCUUCAAUGGCUCAAGGAGGACGACUCCGAGACCCUACCGAAAACCCUAACAAACUUCACGACCGCAAGCUCGACGCCUUCUCUGGGAAGCAAAAUAUUGCGCAACAUAGAAAGUCUCUUCCGAUCGCUUCCGUCGAGAAACGACUUGUGGAUGAGGUCCGUUACAAUGAUACUUUGAUUAUUGUUGGUGAAACUGGAAGUGGAAAAACUACCCAGUUGCCACAAUUUCUAUUUAAUGCGGGAUUUUGUCGGGAUGGGAAAACUAUUGGGAUUACUCAGCCUAGACGUGUUGCGGCUGUUACUGUUGCAAGACGGGUUGCUGAGGAAUGUGGCGUGGAGUUGGGCCAAAGGGUUGGGUAUUCCAUUAGAUUUGAGGAUGCGACUUCCAUCUCAACGAGGAUCAAAUACAUGACAGAUGGAUUGCUACUGAGGGAAGCAUUGUUAGAUCCAUAUCUCUCUAGAUAUUCAGUCAUCAUUGUUGAUGAAGCCCACGAGAGGACUGUCCACACUGAUGUUUUGCUGGGAUUGCUUAAAAAUAUACAACGAGCAAGGUCAAAAUCUUUCAAUGACCGUGUUAAUAUUGAAAAAAAUAAGGAAAACAAUGGCACUCUGUCGGAUAAGGACAAUGGUGUUUUUCUCAAGCAAUGCCAAAGCAGAAAAUUUCCUCCAUUGAAGAUAAUUAUCAUGUCUGCGAGUUUAGAUGCACGUGGUUUCUCUGAGUACUUCGGCGGUGCACGAGCUGUUCAUGUCCAAGGGCGACAAUUUCCUGUGGAUACAUUUUACACCCAUCAUGCUGAGCCGGAUUAUUUAGACGCAGCCUUAAUUACCAUAUUCCAGAUUCAUCUGGAGGAAGGCCCUGGUGAUAUACUUGUAUUUUUGACUGGGCAAGAGGAGAUUGAAUCAGUUGAACGACUUGUAAAAGAGCGACUUCAACAGUUACCCGAAGGCAGUCGAAAGCUGUUAACUGUUCCCAUAUUUUCAGCUCUUCCCUCAGAAAAGCAAAUGCGAGCAUUUAGACAAGCUCCAGCCGGUUUCCGUAAGGUAAUAUUAGCAACAAAUAUUGCUGAGACAUCAGUGACAAUACCUGGAAUCAAGUAUGUUAUAGAUCCUGGACUUGUAAAAGCACGGUCGUAUGAUCCGGUCAAAGGAAUGGAAUCUUUGAUCAUUAUUCCAAUAUCAAAAUCACAGGCUCUUCAAAGGAGUGGACGAGCAGGUCGUGAAGGAUCUGGAAAGUGCUUUCGUCUCUACCCGGAGAGUGAAUUUGAUAAACUUGAGGAUUCAACAAAGCCUGAGAUAAAACGAUGCAACCUCUCUAAUGUCAUUUUGCAGCUCAAGGCUUUGGGUGUCGAUGAUAUUCUUGGGUUUGACUUCAUGGAGAAACCGUCAAGGGCAUCUAUUGUCAAGUCGUUGGAGCAAUUAUUCUUGCUAGGUGCUUUAACAGAUGAAUGUAAACUGUCAGAUCCAGUAGGCCGUCAAAUGGCUCAGCUCCCCUUAGACCCUGUUUAUUCCAGAGCUCUUAUUUUGGCUAGUCAGUUCAACUGCUUGGAAGAAAUGUUGAUAACUGUUGCGAUGCUCUCAGUGGAAUCUAUUUUUUAUGGCCCUCGUGAGAAGUUAGAAGAGGCAAGAACUGCAAUGAGACGCUUUUCAAGUCCAGAGGGAGACCACCUCAGUUUGGUUAAUGUGUACCAUGCCUCUGAUGAGUUCUUGGAUAAGAGAAUGGUGGGGCUCAGCAAAGAGAAAAAGGACAAAAUUCUGAGCAAGUGGUGCAAGGAAAAUUUCAUCAAUAGUCGUUCCCUGAGACAUGCUCGUGACAUUCACAGUCAAAUUCGAGGUCAUGUUGAACAAAUGGGUCUUCGUGUUGCUUCUUGUGGAGAUGACAUGCUUCAGUUCCGCAAAUGUCUCGCUGCUUCAUUUUUCCUCAAUGCAGCUUUGAGGCAGCCAGAGGGAACAUAUAGGGCUUUAGCAAGUGGUCAGGUGGUGCAGAUCCACCCUUCUUCUGUAUUAUUCCGGGCAAAACCAGAGUGUAUAGUUUUCAACGAACUAGUCCAAACUAAUCAUAAGUACAUCCGCAACAUUAGUAGAAUCGAUUACUUGUGGCUAUCUGAACUGGCUCCUCAUUAUUAUUGCACACAAAAUUAAAUCUUGGUUUUGAUAUUAUUAGCCGGUUGAAGCAAAACUCAAAGGUACUUUUACAAACACGUACUGACAUGGGAUGUUGCCUACCAUAUUGGCUUUCAAUAUCAGAAGACAAACUUAGUUCAACACCAAUCAAGUCAUUACCUUUUAGAUGCAGCAACUUAAAAGUUUUGGAGUUAUUCUAUGAGCUACCUUGCUUAAAGCACUCUUUCAGAAAACAAUUCUUGAUGCCAAUCGUUGUCUUCUAAAUCAUGCUGGGUGCUGCAGUUUGAUGUUUCGGUUCCUCUACUGCAACGUGAGAAAGGAGAAUGGAGAAUUGGAAUUCUGUAGCAGAUAUUUAACUGUUCUUUUAAAAAAAGCUUGUCUGGGCGGGGUUUCUGGUGCAUAUUUCCUAGGUCUAUUUACAUUGAGGAGUUUCUUUCGAAGGUGGCUCCCAGUUAUCUAUGGAAAUUUCCAUCAACUUGACUGAAGGCAAUGUUUCACUCCUCCUGCCUUCUGUAUCAUAAUAUAUAAAGACCAGGAGUGCUGUUGCUCUAAGGCAUCUCAGCAGACCAAACAAUUUGCUGCUUCCUCGAGUCCCCCCUGCUUGCUUAGAGAUACGCGCAUACUUCAGUUCGUUACAGAAGUUAUUAUUGAUCUUGAUGAUCAGGUUGUGGCAGCCUUGAGCAUUGAUGAGUAACCAUAGUCUCCAGUCACAAGUGACUUUGAUAUUAGAUACCUCAUAAUUCUGAUUUAAAGGAAUAGGGAAAUUGUUGUCUGAGUGCUGUGAUGUA